AUGAAACAGAAGGAGGUGGAAGACGUCCUUGGAGGCAAGGAAGAGUUUGCGAACGCCGACAGCAUGGGCACCCAGUGCCCCGCCGAAGAUUGCAAUGGCGAUCGUGCAUACUUCUUCCAGCUGCAGAUUCGGAGUGCGGAUGAACCUAUGACUACAUUCCUUAAGUGUACUACAUGCGGUGCGCGGUGGAGAGAAAAUUGA